AUUUGACUAUGAAACAUCAAAAAGCAAACUGAUUAGUCUCGGAAUACGGCCAGAUAUGAAUGGAUAUGUUGCUUUCAAAACUCCAUCCGACGCUAUCGGUGCUGGCGGUCAUGGAGCGAACGGCAACGACUUAAAUGCGUUGGGUCGAAUGGAUGCACUCCUGAGGCUCUCUGGCUGGGUAGACUUAGAGAGUCGUGUAUCAGUUUGUCUCCUCUCCCUUACACUAUACACUCUUGAAAAUUAUAUCGCAGGCUUACUUUUCAAGGUUGGCUGUGCAGGUGCAAUCAUUUCCUAUUUGCAACGGAAGAAUGUCACCCACCAUUUGCCUUUAGGCGGAGUAGUAGACUGGUCCUUCAAUAUUUCAGUCCUCGAGAUGUUUAACUUCACGAACACCUUGUGAGUCUUGUCUUUCUUUCUACUUAUUUAUUGCUAAGGUCUCUCACAGGUUCAUUAAUGCACAAACACUUUCUUCUCUGCAAAUUAUCCAAUCAGAAGUUGUUCCGCAGUCUCAGAAAUCUGCGGCGAUCGAAUUUUGCUCCGCUGUAAAAGAAGGAUUCACGCUCUACGGCUUGUUUUCUCCAUUCGCACGGACGCCUCAAGGAAAACAAUCAUUGAGGAAAAUGUUCCUACUUCCUAGUCAGGAGCUUGCAAUAAUCAACGAACGGCUAGACAUAAUCACUAUGUUUCUUCGCCCAGAAAACCAGAAUCCGAUGGACUCGCUUCUCAAAGCCUUGAAGCAGGUAAAAAAUAUUCGAGGCGUAGUAAUUGACUUACAUAAAGGUGUCAAUGGGUACAUCAGCGGGACUCUCGGCCGCGAAGGUGGAAUAAAACGAAGUACCUGGGCAGCUGUGAUGUCGGUGAGGGAACAAGCUGAAAAAGCUCCACUGACA